UACUAUCUCUCUGCAUUUCCUUUUGUUCUUCUCUUCUGCCUCUAUUUUUCUCUUUCGCUCUUGCUCGCUCGAGAGCUUGGCGAUGGCUUCGAAGGGAAAGGGGAAGCAGGUGGCCGGAAAAGCGCCGGAUGCCGCCGCCUUAUCCUCUUCCUCCGGGAAGAGGAAGAAGCCGGCCGCCGAGGCGGGGGCCUCCGGCGGCCGACGCAAGAAGCGCCCGGGAGUCCUCCAGUUCUUCGACGACGCCGCCGUCGACGCCGACUCUGACGAUGAGGACAAGGAUCUUGAUCUGGAGGAGGAAGACGCACACUUGGAUUUCAUGGAUGCAAGCAAAUCAGUGAAUGAUGUCAGGCCAGUUGGGAAGUCCCAUCCCCUUCCAUUUUUCUUGAAGGAGGAGGAGUUGAGUGGUGAUGAACUAGAAGCACUAAUUAAAGACCGGUAUGGCCAUGGUUCAGAGUUUGUGGUAUAUAAUGAAGACUCUAAAGAACGUGAUGACAGAGUAUCAGAGGUGGAUUCACUGAAGGAUCCCUCAGUUUGGAGGGUCAAAUGUAUGGUUGGACGAGAGCGACAGAUAGCCUUCUGCUUCAUGCAGAAAUACAUUGAUCUUAACAACUUUGGAAAUAAAAUUCAGAUAAUUUCUGCAUUUGCACUUGAUCAUGUCAAAGGUUAUGUUUUUAUUGAAGCUGACAAAGAAUAUGACGUUACAGAGGCAUGCAAGGGAUUUUAUAGUGUAUAUUCAAGUAAAAUCAACCGUGUCCAUGGAAGUGAAGUUCCUCAGUUGUUCUCUAGUCGUAGUAAAUCAUGUGAAGUAUCUGAAGGUUCAUGGGUACGCAUGAAGAGUGGGAAAUACAAAGGGGACCUGGCACAGGUUGUGGCUGUUGAUGAUGGACAGAAAAAGGUGAUGGUCAAGUUGGUUCCUAGAGUUGACCUUCAAGCUAUUUCUAAGAAAUUUGGUGGUGGGGUAUCUUUGAAGCAGGCUGCAGUACCAGCCCCACGCUUGAUUAGCUCUCAUGAACUAGAAAUGUUUAGGCCCCAUAUUGAAGUCAGGCGUGAUCGUCAGACUGGAGAGAUUUUUGAGAUACUGGAUGGUUUGAUGCUGAAGGAUGGUUUUUUGUACAAAAGGGUGUCCAUUGGAUCAGUAAUUUGCUGGGGAGUACAACCAUCAGAUAUGGAACUUCUGAAGUUCUCCAGUGUCGGUAAGGAUGGGGAUGAGCACUUAAAUUGGGUCUCAAGUGUUUAUCAUGGGCGUAACAAAAUGCGGCCUACUGAAGCAGCAGAUCAGCAAGUAUUAGCUAAGAAAGGAAAUGGUUUCAAUCUCCAUGAUUUUGUGUUGUUUGGACAUAAGGCUUUUGGUGUUAUCAUUGCUGUGGAGAAAGAUGGCUUCCGGAUAUUGAAAGGAGGCGUGGAAGGACCAGAAGUAGUGACAGUUAAGAUUCAGGACAUAAAGAGUGCUUGUGUUGAUAAGAUGUUUACAGCUUCUGAUCGGUAUAUGAAAACCAUAUCCAUUAACGACACUGUCAAGGUUUUGGAAGGGCCAUUACAGGAUAAACAAGGAAUUGUGAAACAUAUGUACAAAGGCACACUCUUCAUUUAUGAUGAAAAUGAAACAGAGAAUAGUGGGUUCUUUUGUGCCAAGUCUGCGUCAUGUGAGAACAUGAAGGAAUCAAAGGGCGAGAAAUCAAGUCAUUCAUUCUCCCAAGCACCUAUGGGAUCUUAUGAGGAGCAGGAUAGAAGUCAUGGUUUUAACUGGCGCCGCCAAACUGAAAGAGAUCAAGUCUUCUCUAUUGGCCAGACUUUGAGAAUUCGAAAAGGUCCUUUGAAGGGGUAUCUUUGCCGUGUUGUGGGUGUAUACCGCUCGGAUGUCACUGUUAAGGUGGAUUCUCUGGUCAAGAUCAUCACAGUUGAGGCUGAGUAUCUCUCUGUUCCAAAUGUGAAGAGGGAUGACUCAGCUGCUACAACAUCCAAUCCUUUUGGAACCCAGGAAAGGUUGUCUAUAGGACAACAUGCAGAGAAUGGUCAAUGGGAUGUUGGCGUACCAUCAUUUGGCAGGGAUUCUUGGCAAGCAUUUCCUGCCAGCAAUUUUUCAGAUGUAGACAAUAAUGGCCAUAAAGCAGAUGAAGGACAUGAUGCUGAUCCUUGGGGUAGCAAGGUUAUAUCUGGGGCUAGAGCUGAUGCAUGGCAUUCUAGUAAAGCAAUGGACGGCUGGGGCAAAGCAGCUAGUUCUAGUGGAGAGCAGGAUUCGCAAUGGAAUAUGACUGCAGCUGGUGAGAAAGUUACUGAUCAAGCUAGAAAUUGUAUAGAAGAUGCUGAUGGUUGGAAUGGCAAGGCUUUGGCUAAAACCAGUACUGAAAUUGAUGGAUCGAAGAAAUCAAAACCUCAAAGCGGUGGUGAUGGUGGCUGGGGGAGAGGCAACUUUGGAAGUGGGAAUAAUCUGGAUCCCUCUGAGAAUGUUACGGGGAACUGGGAUAAGCAAAGAGCUGAUAAUCUAGGUGAUUCUCUGAAAAAUUCUGAUGGUGUCAGUGGCUGGGACAGAGCAGCAACCAGCAAGGACAAGGGAAAAGACCUUAGUUGGGAUCGGUCAAAUAACUGGACUCGCCCUGAAGUUGUUAGCAAUGACAAAGUAAGUUCUUGGGAUGUUAAAGGCAAAGGAAUAAUUAGUAAUGAGGAUGAUUCUUGGGGCAAAGCAGCAAGCACUCAAGAGAAAAAUACCAAUGAAAAUUGGGGUAAAUUUUCUGUUGGUUCAGGGCAAAUUAAAGAAAAAGAUGCUACUAGAUCUGAUGGGGGAGAACAAGCUGAUCGUUGGGAUGCUGCUGCUUCAAAUUGGACCCAGUCAGCUGUGCAACAUGGAGGUCAAAGUAGCAGCUGGGAUAAAGCAAGAAAUCUUCAUGCUGGUCGACUGGAUAAUUGGGGCAAGUCAAAUGAUAAAAGUGAAGCUGAAACUAGAGAUUGGAACAAAUCUGGAUUCUCUAGCCAAAGUCAAAAUGCCAGAAGGGAAGAACCAAAAUCUUUUGGUGGAGAUAAACCUGGAGGUCUAAGUAGCAGUUGGGACAAAGCAAAAGAUCCGCAUGGUGGUCAAUCUGAUAACUGGGGAGAGGUGAACGAGACAAGUGAAGCUGAAACUGGAGGUUGGAGCAAAGCUGGAUUCUCUAACCAGAGCGAGAAUGUCAGAUGGGAUGAACCUCAGAAUGCCCGAUGGGAUGGAUCAACAUCUUUUGGUGGAGAUAAUGCCUUCAACUGGAGGAAAGCGGUAGAUGGAGGUGAUCGGAUGGACAACUGGAAGAAACCAAGAAAUUUUGAAGGGGGGCAUGGAUUUGGUCAGGGAAGAGGCAGGGGUUGGAAUGCAGGCGAAAGUGGAAACAAAGAUCGCGAUGGCAGCUGGAACACUACAGUGAGCUCUGAUGGUAGUCAGAAAUCAAGUUGGGGAAAAGGAUGGGAUAGAAAUAUCGAAGCUGGUGGAGAUGGAGGUCAAGAGAACAACUGGAACCAGCAAAGAGGCUCUGAUGGUGGCAGGGGAUCCGGAUGGGGAGGUGGAAGAGGUCGUUAUGGAUCAAGAGGAGGUAGAGGUCAAGAUGAUAAUUGGAAUGGGCCUGGACCCCGGGGGGGAUGGGGAUCUGCAAGGGGAGGUGGUAGGGGUCGAAAUGGAGGAGGUGACAAUGCAAGUAGUUUCGAUGGGACACGAUCAUUUGAUCGUGGUCGAGGUCGAGGUCGUGGUCAUGGUUGGGUUCAGUCUUCCAACCUCAAGGAUGACCAGGGAUAUUGUUGGGAUGGAGCCUUCCAAAAAAAUCCAUCAUCUGGCUGGGCUGGCAAUAAAACUCCUGGGUCGGGCAAGUCGGAAGGCUUUAGUGAAAUUGAAGAAUCAACAGAAAAUGUUGAUCAUCAAGGUGGCUUGAACGGAAGAAAAUCUUUUGACACAGGCUGCUCAUCUGGCUGGGGUGGACAGUUGUCUGACUGGAAGAAGGAUGAAGCAGGCAACAAUUCAAGGAGCAGUCCCAACUCGAAUUGGAAGAAGGAAGCAUCUGUGAAAGAUGCCGCUGGAGGUGGAGAUGACUGGAAUAUGUCCAAUCGUUCUGGUCGAAAUCAGUCUGGUUGGGAUAAGUGGUCAUCUGGCAAUGAACAAGUUGGUAAAGCUGGAGCAGGUUCGAUGGAGGGUUGGAACAGUUCAAGACCUUCUGAUAAGAAACAAUAUUGUGUGGGGGCUGACAAGACAUUAGCUGGAAAUGAAGAAGCAUGUCGAAAGACAGUUGGAGGUCAAGAACAUGAAGCUGAUCCUUGGGGUAGCAAGGUGGCAUAUGGGGCCAGAGGUGAUGCAUGGAAUUCUAGAAAAGCUGCAGACAACUGGGGUAAAGCAACUGGUUUAUGCAUAGAAGAGAUUUCACCAUUGAGCAAAGCAACAGUAGGUGAGAGGGCUAUUGAUGUAGGUCAAGAUGGUGAUUGUCCAAAAGAUGCAGAUGGUUGGAACAGAACUUUCAAAAGCGGUCCUGGAAUUGAUGGAUGUGAGAAAGCAGAAGUACUUCCAAGCAUGGAUGCUGGUCAGAGCUGGGACAAAGCAGAGAUCAGCAAGGAUAAAGGAAAAGGUGUCAGUUGGGAUAAGCCAAGUAGUUGGGCAUGUCCUGAAGUUAGCAAUGAUAAAGCAGAUGUGUGGGACAUCAAAGACAAAGGAUUAGUUAGAAAUGAAGUGGAUGUUUGGGGCAAGUCUUCCAAAUGUCAGGAGAACAACAAUGAAACUAAAGAUUGGGGAAGCAAUUCAAGCCAAAAUAGAGAAGAUAACAAGUUCAUCGGUGGAAACAAAGCUAACAAUUUGGAUGCUGCCGCUUCUCAUGGGACCCAAUCAGCAGCACGUGGAGGCCAGAGUAGCAGUUGGGAUCAUUGUGGUCAAACUGAUAACUGGGGAAAGGCAAGAGAGAAAAAUGAAGCUGAAGCUGGUGGUUGGAGUAAAACUGGAUUCUCUAGCCAAAUUCAAAAUGCUAGAUGGGAUGAAACAAAAUCUUUUGGUGGAGAUAAUGCAUCCAACUGGAGCAAAGGAAUAGACAAUGAAGAUGCUUUCAGAAAUGGUAGGCCGGACAACUGGAAUAAACCAAGAAAUUUUGAAGGGGGUUGUGGAUUUGGUCGGGGAAGAGGAAGGGGUCGAAAUGCAGGUGCAAGUGGAAAUAAAGAUCUAGAUGGCAACUGGAACAAACCAUUGGAUCGUGAGGGGGGUCAAAGAUCCAGUUGGGGUAGAGGAAGGGAUGGAAAUAAUGAAGCUGGUGGAGGUAGAGGUCAAGAGAGCAACUGGAACCGGCAAAGAGACUUUGGUGGUGGUGGUGGUGGUAGGGGAUCAAGCUGGGGAAGAGGAAGUGGUCGUACUGGAGCAAGAGGAGGUAGAGGUCAAGGUGAUAAGUGGAAUGAGCCAGAAGACAAGGAAUGGGGAUUAGGAUCUUCUAGGGGAGGAGGUUGGGGUCGAAAUGGAGCUGGGGAUGAAAGGAAUGACUCUGAUGGUAGACAAUCUUAUGGACGUGGGCGCGGUGGGCGCGAUUAUAUUUGCUUUUCUAAUCGGAAUGAAGAGCAAGAAAACUUUGGGGAUGGAACCUUUCCGAAAGCUUCGACAUCUAAUUGGGCCAAUGAUCAAAGUCCUGGGUGGGGUAAAUUGGAUAAAGGUAAAUCUUUUGAUGCAGGCGGCUCAUCUGGCUGGAGCAAACAAUCCUCUGACGGGAACAAGGAUGGAGCAAGCAACAAUUGGAACAGUCCCGACUCCAGUUGGAAUCAUGGAGCAUCUGUCAAAAAGCCAGCUGGAGGUGGAGAUAACUGGAAUGUGUCCGAUCCUGGUGGAAGUCAUUCCUCUGAUAGGGAUAAGUGGUCUUCUGGUAAUGAGCAAGCUGGUAGAGCUGGAGUAGCUGCGGAAGGGGGAUGGAACGGUUCGAAACCUUCUGGUAAGGAGCAUUCUUUUGGGCGGGGUGACAAGACUUUAGCUGGAGAUGAAGAAGCUGGUAAAAAGACAGUUGGAAGUAACAAUGGAGGAAACAAUUGGAACACCACCAAAGCAGCUGGUGGUAGUCGGUCCUCUGCUUGGGAUAAAUCGUCAGCUGGAAAUGAGGAAGCUGUAGCUGCUGAGAUUUCAAGCAAAGCCAAAGAAGAUGAAGGUAGUGGACGUCGGGGGAGCGGCUGGGAGAAGGCUCCAGCAGCAUGGGCCGAAGCUAAAGAUGGAAGUGCAGGUAACGGGGGGUGGUAGUCUGGCAUGUCAGAUGUAGAUAGACGUGGUUUAUCCUGGCUGUGCCUGUAAAUAUUGGGUCUGUUCGUUUUGUUAGACCCAUUUUGUUCUAUGUUUUGUAUCUUGUAGAUGGUUAAGACUAAAAAUGUUUCCCCUCAUUUGCUUGCUCUCUUCAACUGUUAGCAGGAACCUGUCUUGCAUCCUUUUGAUAAUUUUUGGGGAUCAACCAAAUGGACUUCUUUAGUGCCA